UUCAUGGUUUUUUUUAGCGUACCAACGAUCUGCCAUCGGGUAUUCACGACUCGGUUCGUCUCUUUUUCUCGCUCUUCGCGUCGUGGAAAGAGAGUCACGAAAGAAGCCAAGAAAGAAGGCCGAAGAGAGAGAAGCCAAAGAGAUUGGUUUCGUUGCCCUCUCGCCCCUUUGAACCCCUCCGAUCCGGCGAUCGUCGAUCGCUCCCCCAGUGUUCUUCUUGCUUCCUCAUCCGCCUUUGAUCCUCUCCGAUCCGCCAUCUUUGGUGUUUUUUCCCCUUUUUCCGGGUCCGAUCUGGUUGGAUCGCUCGCUGAAGAAGAUGAAUCAGAGGUUGAAGCUCCAGCAGCAGCAGCAGGCGCUGAUGCAGCAGGCGAUGCUCCAGCAGCAGCAGCUCUACCACUCCGGGGUCUUAGCCGCUGCCAUGUCUCAGAUGGAGCCUGUUCCAAGUGGAAAUCUUCCCCCUGGUUUUGAUCCAUCUACAUGCCGCAGUGUGUAUGUGGGAAAUAUCCAUCCAAAUGUAACAGAGAGCCUACUGGCUGAAGUUUUUCAAAGUUUUGGUCCACUUGAAGGAUGCAAACUCAUCAGAAAAGAAAAGUCUUCGUUUGGAUUUGUUGAUUACCAUGAUCGGAGGUCAGCAGCUCUUGCUAUCAUGUCACUGCAUGGGCGACAGCUAUAUGGUCAAGCAAUUAAGGUGAAUUGGGCAUACGCUAGUGGUCAAAGGGAAGACACAUCUGGACAUUUCCAUAUUUUUGUUGGAGAUCUAAGUUCGGAGGUCACUGAUGCAACACUUUUUGCUUGUUUCUCAGCAUACAGCAGUUGUUCGGAUGCACGGGUAAUGUGGGAUAACAAAACGGGGCGCUCUAGAGGAUUUGGCUUUGUCUCUUUCCGAGAUCAGCAGGAUGCACAGAAUGCCAUCAAUGAUAUGACUGGUAAAUGGCUUGGAAGUAGACAAAUACGGUGCAACUGGGCAACCAAGACUACUGGCGAAGACAAACAGCAGAGUGACAAUCAGAAUGCUGUUGUAUUGACAGAGGGAAGUAGCAAUCCAGCAGAUGGAGGCCAGGAGAAUUCAAAUGAAAUGGCCCCUGAAAAUAAUCCUGCAUACACAACUGUGUAUGUUGGUAACCUGGCCCAUGAGGUAUCACAAGUUGAGCUUCACCGCCAAUUUCAUAUUUUAGGUGCUGGUGUAAUUGAGGAAGUGCGGAUACAGAGGGAUAAAGGAUUUGGAUUUGUCAGAUAUCGUACACAUGAAGAAGCUGCUUUGGCCAUCCAAAUGGCAAAUGGAAGGAUAAUAUGUGGGAAAUCAAUGAAAUGUUCUUGGGGAACUAAGCCAACUCCCCCAGGGACGGCUUCCAACCCACUACCUCCUCCUCUGCCACCGUUUCAGCUUCUACCAACACCAGGUCUCCAAGGUUUUACGGCUGCUGAGCUCUUGGCUUAUCAGCGUCAGCUUGCUUUGAGUCAGGUUGCUGCUGGACCAAUGGCUGGUCAACAUGGCCUUGCUGCACAGCCUUCUGCAGGGCUCAUGUCAGGUGGUGGGUCACAGGCAAUGUUUGCAACCAAUUGGGCUGGGACAUGAUCACUAAUGGAGGUGGGAGUAGGAACAACUGCUGCAAGCUCAAGUUGGAGAACCUCAUCAUAUAUUAGCAUUGCAGGUAACCAUUUCAAUUACACUUACUAAUUUUUUGCUGCAAAAUAUAAAUAGUGAAUAUACCCUAGAAUCUUGAUCGAUAAAGGGACUCCCUGAAUGACAAGCUUUUAUUCAUCUAAGCUCACAAAAAUGUUGCUUGUAAGUUAGAACACAUUUGCCAGUAGGCUUUUUUAACAUAUUGAUCCCCCACUCCUUAGGCUAAUUGCUGACAAGUCCUCGCUUUAUCAUCUGAAAAAAAAACCCAUUAUUUUUAAAUCUGUUACAUAUGCCAAAACAUAUUUAACAGAUCUCGCCAAUCACCAUUAUACUACAUUGAAUAAAAUAACCAUAACUUAUUACAGACCGCAGCUUUGACAACUGAUGGAAUGCAUUAGACAGAUUCUCUCACAUGAACAGUUAUGGCAACAUCUUCUUUCUCUAAUCUUUAAAUUAUUUGUUGUAAUUGUUAAAACAAGUUUGGUUGAUUUUUCUUUAAAGGAGAAUGCAAUAGUUGUCAGUUUUUAACCUUUUUUUAAAAUUGCAACCAUGAAAACACGUGUUUGUGGGAACAAUAUUAGAGGAAAAAGUGAUUCAAGCAUCAGUUGCCACAGUUUUUGUUCUUAAAUUUGAAACAAAAAAAAAAAAUCAGAUAGCCUCCAAAUUGCCAAACUAUGUACUCACGAGCUCCAAAGAAGGGGCAAAGAGACGAAAGCAAUAUAACGCAGCAACUCUAAAGGACGCCCCAGUGGCAGCGGCGGCAAGGGCUCAUAAGAGGCUGCUUUCCUCAAAGUAGACCAUCUUCCAGGCGAGGUUUGCUCCCACGUGCCAGAUCACGCACUUGUAGAUCUCUGGCGCCUCCUCAUCCUCCUUUCCCGCCGAUUCCGCCUCCCUCGGCUUGGCCGCGGCCCUCGCCGAACUCAUCGGGAUCGGGUCGGACCGGGCCGGCGAACCUCGGGCGGCGGGAACGCUCAUCGCUGCCACGAUCCCGAGGCCGACGGCGCCGCCGCCCGACGCUCCUCGGCCACCUCGCCGUCGGCGAGCGGGAGACCUCAUCGUCAGCGAGCAGCUCGCACAGCCCGACGAAAAGACCAGCUUUCGCGGUGCGCUUCCGCCCGGGGAACUCGCGCAUGGCCUCGUUUCCCACGCGAUUCGCCGAGUGAUUUCCCUUUCUCCCUCUUUUGCUGUGGCCUAUCCACAUCAACUGCGUUUGAUGCUUGACCUCACAACUCCAUAACACUAGUCUAUGACGCGGUACAAAAAUAUUAGAAAUCGGAAGAAGAAAGGGUAGAACUGGAGGGAAGCCUCCAAUGGAGAUUUUUUUUGGAAUGUGGUCAGGAGAAAAUAUAAAUCACAUAAGAAAACUGAAUAUUGAAGCCUUACAAAGUAGAACAAGUGUUGUUAUUUUCAUGUCUACAAUGCAGCAUUAAAUGCUUUAAAUGGCACGUUAUUCUCAUAGCUAGUGUGAUAAAGAUAAGGCUUUGACACUUUUUUUCUGUGCUUGUAGAUUCACAGACGUGUUAUCAGCAGGUAUCAGUCUUUUUAUACUUCAACUUGUACUAAAUUAUAGAUGUUCCGAUCUUUUUUUUAACUAUUUUUAAUUUCACUAUUAAAUUCAGUGUCUUCUAUAUCACAUGGAAUUUUACUUAAUGCAGGUUCGCCUCACUCGUUGCUUAGUUUAAUUGGGAAAAAGGCUUAUAUAAUAGCUUAGAAUCAAGGCUCAGUAUAUAAGAAGACUAAACAAUUUUGGUGGUCUCAAAAGCUGUCUUUGCUUCAUAUGAACUCUCUUAGUUGUAUUAGAGGGAACAGGAUGAGCGACAAAUAUUAAUACUUGGCAAAUGAGUAAAAACAAUUAUCAAAAAAUGUCAAAGGUGGUUUGUAUGGACUUUACGAGGGUCCAUUGUAAUAUCUUUCAGCCUGUUUUCCUAUGAAAACCAGAAGGAGCCUACAAAUUUAUUGCACUGGCAAUGAUAAUUAGGAUGUGGAAAUAUCAAGAAUGUCUAUCUUGACAAAACUGGUGCACAUCCAAGUUAAGGAUUUUGUAGAGCAAAAGAAAGUGCAUGACUUUGAGGCUAAAGGAAUAACUAGAUACAAAAAUAGAAAAUACGAAUUAGAUAUGACUUUAAUAGUUUCAUCUGGUCAGGUAUGUGAUUAAUAGAAAAUAAAAAUUAGAGUCCUGAAGGAUGGAGUAGACAUAUUCAAGGCUGCUAACAAUUUCUCUGGAGAAACAGCACAU